ACACUCUUGUAACGUUAGAGCAACACAUUGCUGAGGCGUAGCAACUGUCUUAUCCUUGUCACACCGCCACUCAACCUCCUAUCACCAGCAUUACAAGUACCUGGAUAGCUUCAUCUACAAUCUGAAGUCUCACCAACCGAAUCUAUAUCAGAGACCCUCUGGCUUACACCAAUAUACAUCAUCAUGGCUCCUAUACCGGUGGACAACAAUCUCGUCGCAGAGACAGACCAGAACCCAAAGCCUGAUUCAGGAUAUUGGACGAAAGCCAACAUCGCCCUCACCGCCGUCUUCGCUCUUAUCUUCCUAGCCAUCUGCCUUGCAUCACUUGUCUUUUGGCUCCACCGAAGGAACGAAAAGAAGAAGCUCGACAACCGCAAAUCAGAUACAGCAGGGCUCUUGGCGAACGAGGACAAGACAAGCAUGUUCAGUCGUGUCCGAGCGAGCAGCGUUACACUAUACGUCGACUCGGAAACAGAAGCGCGCAACAAGAGGUCAAGCACAGAGACUAUGAACCUCGUACCGCUACAAGUCACGCCAGCGGAGGAGGUCAGAGACCCGAUCGGUGACAACACGGAGAGCUCUGGUACGGGUGUAAGUUCUGUUAGCCGACAAAGCAACGCAACCCUCAGUACUAUGGUGCUCAGCCCGAUGCUGAGUCCCGUGCUGAGUCCGACAUCAUCGAGUGGCGAUGGGGGCGAUUUGGGUGUACGUCCAUCAGGACGCGCACGCAGCACAAGCACGGCAAGCCAACGGGCACGGUACUACGAGUCGACGCCUACAAAUAUCGCGAUGCCGCCAAUUCCGAAGAUCGUUCACACAUUGUCAGAUUAGAGACAUAGUUGGUUAUGAGCAAAAGCUAUCAGGCUAUGGGUUUCAGACGAGCUGAUGGUUCCGCUUUUUUCUUCUUCUUUUUAUUUGAAUUCCAGUUUCUCACCAUCCCGUGAUACUUCUUAUAAGCAUCACUAUAUACCCCAUUCGCGCUCCUGCAAUUGUCAUACCGCGCAGUCGAGCUUACAACAACCUUGGUCUCAACUCUUGCGAAAAGCCAAUAUACUUCAAUUAGACAAGUUCAAAGAUCCCGCCCCUUUGCCCAGUCCAUUGUCCACUUCCGUACUAUGCAAGACUUCUAAGCAGCAGUCG